ACACUCUGAUACUCUAUCUCCCAUCUUCAUUCUUUCACUUCAAAUCGCCAUUGAAAAAAUCUCCAAUUUCUAAAAUUAAAAUUUCAAAAAAUGGAAUUCUGGCAAAAAGCUCGAACAUUCGCAGAAGACGCAGCCAAAAAAUCACAACAAUUCACAAUCGAAGCCGCCAAAAAAUCACAAGAAUUCACAAUAGAAGCAGCCAAAAAAUCACAAGAGUUCACAAUCGGAUCAUCUUCUAGAAUCUCCGAUAUCGUUCUAGAAGCUUCCAAACGCUCUAAAGAGAUCGCCGUUGAAGCUUCCAAAAAAGCCGAUUUGAUCAAAACUGAAGCCAUUAAACGUGCUGAUCAGAUCAAGUCUCAGAUUCCGUUACCUAGUCCGGCUGCCGCGAUCUCUCAAUUCGUUGUUCCGUCGGAUUCUGCGGCGGCGCCGGCGGUUGAUAACGGUGUGGAUCUGGAGAGGUUUGGGAUUACCGAUGAGUUGAGAGAGUUUGUUAAGGAGAUUACAAUCGAUACGUUCCGCGAUUUUCCGUUACAAGAUGACACAGAAGUGUCUGAUGUUCCUACUGUCUCAAAUGUUCGGCAGGAUCUCACAAAGUUUCAAGAAAUCCAUGCUAAACUUGUUCUCUCGACUGUAAAGGAAAUCUCAAAGUUGAGGUAUGAGUUGUGCCCACGGGUCAUGAGAGAAAGGAAAUUCUGGAGGAUAUAUUUUCUCCUAGUAAAUAGUCAUGUGAUUCCCUAUGAAAAACGCUACAUGGAAGAGGAAGACAAUAAAGGAUCUGAUGAAAAGGUGAAGGAAGAGGCGGCUACCGUUGGGAGUUCCAAAGCUGAAACUGUUUCUAAAACAGAAACAAGUGGAGAAAAUCAGAAUACUAAAAGCACUACAACAAAGUCAGUUGACCAAGAUUUGGAUGUCUUUCUCUUGGGAGAUCUUGGUGACAGUGAUGAAGGCCCAGAUGACGGAGAUGAUGGCUUGGAUGAUGAUGAUUUUGACAAACUAUAAUCUGAAGAAUUGAAGCGGGUUACCACUUACUGCUGCAAUGAGUAGAUUAAGCAAUCGGGUGAAUGAAGCCAAAUGACAAAUUGGCAGAAUGAGAUGCAUUAUCUAUCAUUUGAUUCGUAUGGGGGUGAUAUUAUUUCUGGUGAUCUGUUCCUUUCGGAGUUCUGCAAAGCUGUUGAUUAUUUCAUUUGUUUAGGAUAUAUGUUCUUAAAGUGGCCCUUUUUGUUAUUAUUAUUAUUUUUUUUUUUGUAUUUUUUUAUCCCAUAACCUUAAUUAAUGUUUAUAUAAAGGAUGUUUUUGAAUUCUUCUGCUAGUGCUUUAAACGGAAAAAGAACCCAAGCAGUUCAUACAUGAUAUGCAUGAAAAGUAUAGACAAAAAUGACGUUAUCUUGUA